CUCUCUCUCUCUCUCUCUCUCUCUCUCUCUCUCUCUCUAGAUUGAGAAAGAAAGACAUGGGACUUCUCCCAUGUCCGUUGCCUUGCAACUCCCAGACCACCAACUCCUCCGAGGAUCAGUCUACCCUCUCCAUUCACCUUCACUCCAAAUCCUCGAGCUCCCUCUCUUCCCAAUCCAGCCUUCCCACUGUCCCUUCCCUGACCCCUCAAAAAUCUCAACCCCUAGACCAAUCUCCGACUCCCGCCCACCGCUGUUGCGUCGCCACUCUCUCCGGCCACUCCUCCUACGUCUCCUCCCUCGCCCUUGCUGGCGAGUUCCUCUACAGCGGCUCCUCGGAUGGGGAGGUGAGGGCGUGGAACCGAAGCCCGCCCGGAUCCGACGCAGGGCACGCGGUGGCGGCGGCCGCCAUCAGCACCAGCGCGGUCAAGAGCGUGGUGGCGAGCGGGGACAAGCUCUUCACCGCCCACCAGGACCAUAAGAUACGGGUGUGGAGGAUCGACGCCGACGGGAGGUACAGGCUCGCGACCUCGCUGCCCACGUUGGCCGACCGCUUGGCGAGGCUCUUCUUGGCGAAGAACUACGUGGAAGUGCGGCGGCACAAGAAGUGCACGUGGGUCCACCACGUGGACGCCGUGUCGUCGCUUGCGCUGACCCAUGACGGCUCGGCGCUGUACUCGGCCUCGUGGGACCGGUCUUUCAAGGUGUGGCGGGUAUCCGACUUCCGAUGCGUGGAGUCGGUCGAGAGGGCGCAUGACGACGCCAUCAACGCUGUCGUCGUGUCCCGCGACGGCCUCGUCUACACGUGCUCCGCGGACAGGAAGAUCAAGGUGUGGAGGAAGGAGAGUCACCAGAGAAAGCACGCAUUGGUUGCGACUCUAGAACGGCACAGGUCCGCGGUCAACGCUCUGGCGCUGAGCGAGGACUGCUGCAUCCUCUACUCUGGCGCCUGCGACAGGUCGAUCCUCGUUUGGGAGAGGGUGCAAGACGAAGGGCGGAGGGGCAAAGGAACUGACGGCGGCGUGGAGGGCGAGCAUUAUAUGGCGGUGGUGGGCGCGUUGCGAGGGCAUACAAAGGCAGUACUGUGCCUCGCGGUGGCGGGGGAUGUGGUGUGCAGCGGGUCGGCGGACCACACGGUGAGGGUGUGGCGGAGGGAGGGAGAAGAUCGGAGUUAUUCCUGCCUGGCCGUGUGCGAGGGACACGCGAAGCCGGUGAAGUGUUUGGCUGCGAGCGUUGACGUGGACGGCGACGGGGAGGGCAGCGGGUCCCCCUCCGGGAGCGGGACGAGAUAUAUGGUCUAUAGCGGCGGAUUGGACUGUAAGAUCAAAGUAUGGAGAAUUUGGGUUCCCCCUUCUUUGACUCUUCUCACGACUUCAAUAUGUUAUGCUUAGGAAAGAGUAGGUGAGGGUUAGGUUGGACAUUUCCAGCUACUCAUCGAUCUCUUUUUCUCGAUUCUAUUUUGGCUUCUUUUGUGCUUCUUGGCGAUUUGUACGUAACAAAAAAUGAGAGAUUUUUCUGUCCU